GUUUAAUCAGGCUGAAGAAACAGACAGUGAUUCGAUUGGAAUCAAAGUGUCAACUCAUAGGAAUGUCAUUGCACUUCACAAAAAUUAGGCCAUGAGCAAAAUCUUUUCCCUAUACACCAGGGAGAACUACACAUGAAAUGAUGCCAACAGCAUUGCUUUUUGUUUACAGUAAAGGAAAUAUCUAUGAUUUUGUAUAAAAGAACAUAUACAUUUAUUUAGCAGACAGAGUUCAAAUCUUUUUAGGUUAAACAUGCUAUAAAGUUGAUUUGAGACAGCAACUGCAGUAUGGAAAAUUAGUUUUCAUUAGUCAGCAUGAUAAACAUGUGCAUUUCAGUGUUUUUCUUGAAGUGUUUCUCAUCAUCCAGAAGAGAAGUAGCAAUUUGACUUUCUGAAUGACCUGAUUUUGCCUGGAAAAGGAGUGUGGCAAGACACAGCAAGCCCACGCAAGGAGAGUGCAGCCAAACAUUAAGUCAUUUCACACUCAUAAAAAGAGCCCUUGUGUGUGCAUACUGUUUUUCUGUGGGACGUUAUCACUUUCAAAAGGGGUCAAUUUCUGCACUGGAAAUUGGCUGGCAAACCAAAAUGCAAAUGAGUGGACCAGCCAAGAAGGAAACAUGACAGAUGAACUCAGAUGCACUCUACAGAAGUAUAGCUGCACUCACUAGACAACUGAACAGGCACGCUAUACUGGUUCCAGGACAGAAUGAAAUACUGUACCCAUAUUAAUUGUCAGUGACUCAUCUGUGCUUUUCACAGUAUUUAAUACUUUGAUAAUUGUGAACAUUUAACAACCUAAAAAUACUGUGACUGUGGUGACAUUUUUGUAAAAUUACAUUCCGUGGUUCCUUACAGGUUUUGCAGCAGUUCUGAGGUGAAAUGCUCACUGAGUGGUGCUAAAAGUGAGUUAGACUUUCUCCUAAACAGAGUGACGAGCUGACCUACAGAUUACUUCUCUGCAGAUCCAUCAGGAAUGAAAGUACAGAAUGACCAGCAAAUUCCUACUGAGCCCUAAAAAACACUUCGCAUUGUGAGGCUGCCUAGAGCAGGAAAUAGUGGAAAGAGAAAUUGUCUAAAAAAAAGUGUGGUUGCUAUGGAAACUGAGGGUAAGGUGAUUAAGUGCAAGGCAGCAGUGGCCUGGGAACCAGGAAAACCUGUCUCCAUUGAGGAAGUGGAGGUUGCCCCUCCCAAAGUCCAUGAAGUACGCAUUAAGAUAGCAGCAUCUGGAGUAUGCCACUCAGAUUGGUCUUACUUGUAUGAGGCUGGUAAAAUGAGUCCCCGGCCUUUUCCUUUGAUCUUGGGGCAUGAGGGGGCUGGAGUGGUGGAGAGUGUUGGUCCAGGUGUCACAAAGGUGUCUAAGGGAGAUAAAGUUAUUCCUCUGUUCGUGCCACAGUGUGGACAGUGUGAACGCUGCCUGAGCUCAAAGACAAACCUCUGUACAAAAAACUGGGCAAAUACUCAACAAGGUGUUCUUGCAGAUGGCACUAGCAGGAUCACCUGUAAGAAUCAGCAGGUUUAUCAGUUUAUUGGUAUCAGCACAUUCUCUGAAUUCACUGUUGUGCCAGAAGACAACGUCACAAAGAUUCACCCAGAUGCUCCACUGGACAAAGUCUGUCUGCUGGGCUGUGGAGUAUCUACAGGAUACGGGGCAGCACUGAAUGCAGCCAAAGUAGAAGCUGGCUCUACCUGUGCAGUGUUUGGUUUGGGAGCUGUCGGGCUGGCAGCUGUCAUGGGAUGCAAGGCUGCUGGUGCCACCAGGAUCAUUGCCGUUGACAUCAACCCAAAUAAGUUUGAGAUCGCCAAGACGUUUGGAGCGACUGAGUUUUUGAACCCUAAAGACCACGAUAAACCUAUUCAGGAGGUGCUGAGGGAGCUGACGAAUGGUGGUGUUGACUACUCAUUUGAGUGUGUGGGGAACGUGGGUGUAAUGAGGACUGCUUUGGAAGUGUGCAGUCCUGCUGGGGGAAUCUGUGUGAUUGUGGGGUGGAUUGAAGUGGAGGAACUAACUCUGGCCCCUUUGGAUAUUCUGCUAGGAAGAACUCUGAAAGGCACUUAUUUUGGAGGUUGGAAAAGUGUAGAAGCUGUUCCCCAUUUGGUUGAGGAAUAUAUGAUUGGACGCCUUCUGCUGGAUGAGUUUGUGACACACAGACUGACUUUAGAUCAAGUUAACCAGGCUUUUGAUCUCAUAGUCGGAGGGAAAAGUAUUCGGGCAGUGAUUGAGAUCUGAAAUGGAGGCGAUGUUCCUUCUCCUUCAAACAGAACACUAUUCAGAUUAUUGACAACACUUUCAGAGGAUCCUUCCAAAACUCUUCUAGAGCCAUUCAUAGUCAGAAUAUGAAGAGCAGAAUCAACUUCAUCUCAAUGUAUAAGUGUUUAAAAAGGACAAAAUGUGGUAUUGCUGUUGUGCUAACAGUUGUUCAUUGUAAACUUUAAAUGGUGGUAAAGAGAUAUUUUGAGACUAUUAUCUGCUGAUGCACAGGCACAUCCUUAGUUCCAAUACAGUAUGUAGGAACUAUAGUUUUCAGGCACAGCUAAUUGCUUUUUUUAAGUAAUUAUUUCUAUGGUUCCAAACAUUAAAUCUUGAGUCAGUAAUCAACCCCUGCUGUCUGCAUUGAGACAUAUAGACGUAAAGCUUCUCCGGUCCUGUCUACAUAUUAUUUUAUAUACUGUACUUAUUUCAUUUAGACCUGGCAGAAUAUAUAUUAAGAGGUUGAGAGAUUAUAUUUCACAGAGCAAACUUGUACUUUGUUCUAUUAGUGUAAAUAGUUAAAUAUUUACAGUGAUUGCCCUGUAAAACUACUUUCCUAGAUAAAGGAAAUAUUGUAUUGUCUUUGACCUGCUUUAAGAGUGAAUGUGAAUAUUCUAGAAUCAAAUAUAUUCUAUUUUAAAUAGAGUUGUGUAACAGGGAGAUGGAUGCAUCUGAUAAGACUGGAUGUUUCAUAAUACAAAAAAUAGGACCUUGUUAUCACUUUACAAUAAAGUUCUAUUCGUUAACAUUAGUAAAUGCAUCGGUAUACUGAUAUAAUAUAUUUGUAUAUGUAAAAUAAAAAUAAUUAAA